AUGCUAUGCGUACACACGCGCGUAUGUGCGCGACAGGAGCAGAUUUGACAGUAUCUAACCGCGCUGCCCGAGAGCAACAAGAACACACAUACGAGGUUCAACGGGAACCGACAACGCACCGUAGAGAGCUGACUUGGCACAGAGGAGGAGACGAGUGCUGUGAAAAUCGUGUCCCCUGCACAGUCAUGGCCUCAAAGCUCAAUCCAAAUGUACUUUAUGUCCGGGAGCCCCGGGAGUCCCUGACCUCUCCGGAUCCUCAAGCCGAGGCGGGUGACGAAUCAUCGGACAGUGACGGGGAGCCAGAGGAGACCUCGCACAAACUCAUCCGAAAAGUAUCCACUUCUGGUCAGAUUCGAGCCAAGAAGAGUGUGAAGGAGGGUCUUCUACUCAAACAGACCAGCUCUUUUCAGAGAUGGAAGAGGAGGUAUUUCAAACUGCGAGGCAGGACACUCUACUAUGCCAAAGAUUCAAAGUCUCUCAUAUUUGAUGAGGUCGACCUCUCAGAUGCCAGCGUGGCUGAGACCAGCACCAAGAACAUCAAUAACAGUUUCACAGUUAUCACUCCAUUCCGUAAGCUGAUGUUGUGUGCGGAGAGCAGGAAGGAGAUGGAAGACUGGAUUAGUGCAUUGAAGUCUGUACAGAAAUGGGAGACUUAUGAGGCCAGUCAGUUUAACAUGGAGCACUUCUCUGGGAUGCAUAACUGGUACGCCUGCUCUCAUGCCCGGCCCACUUUCUGCAACGUGUGUCGAGAGGCUCUGCCGGGGGUCACCUCUCAUGGUCUUUCCUGUGAAGUGUGUAAGUUCAAAGCCCACAAGCGCUGUGCCGUACGAUCCACAAAUAACUGUAAGUGGACCACUCUGGCGUCUAUAGGAAAUGACAUCAUAGAAGAUGAGGAUGGAGUGUCAAUGCCUCACCAGUGGUUGGAGGGGAACCUGCCGGUCAGUGCUAAGUGUGUGGUGUGCGAUCGAAACUGCGGCAGCGUCCGUCGACUACAGGACUGGCGGUGCCUCUGGUGCAAAGCCAUCGUGCAUAACAGCUGUAAGGAGCAGUUGGGAAAGGUUUGUCCUCUGGGUCAGUGUAAGGUCUCCAUCAUUCCGCCCACUGCACUUAACAGCAUCGACUCUGACGGCUUCUGGAAGGCCACCAGUCCAUCCUGCUCGAGUCCUCUGCUGGUGAUGGUGAACAGUAAGAGUGGUGACAACCAGGGUGUGAAGUUCCUGCGCAGGUUUAAGCAGCUACUAAACCCGGCACAGGUCUUUGACCUCAUGAAUGGUGGCCCACAGCUGGGGCUUCGUCUCUUCCAGAAGUUUGAGACCUUUCGUAUCCUGGUGUGUGGUGGAGAUGGGAGCGUGGGCUGGGUUCUUUCUGAACUGGACAAACUCAGCCUGCACAAACAGUGCCAGCUGGGUGUGUUGCCGCUGGGUACAGGAAAUGACCUGGCGCGUGUGCUGGGCUGGGGAGGAUUGUGUGAUGAUGAUGCUCAGCUGCUGCAGAUACUGGAGAAACUAGAGAGAGCUACAACCAAGAUGCUAGACAGAUGGAGUGUGAUGACCUAUGAAGUGCCCACCAAACAGACUCCAGCUAUCGUUAAGGAGGAGGACCCAUCAGACUCUCCCCUACAGAUUACACAGUAUGCUGAUUCUGUUGCCACUCACUUGACCAAAAUCCUGGACUCUGACAAACACAGUGACGUUAUAUCAUCUGCUAAGUUUCUGUGUGGAACAGUUAAUGAUUUUGUGGGUGAGGUCGGCAAAGCUUAUGAACGGGCCACAGAGAAUAAAGAGGAGGCUGAUGCUAUGGCAAAAAAGUGUGCCAUGUUGAACGAGAAGCUAGACUCCCUGGUUAAGGCUCUCAGUGAAGACGCCAAUGCCCAGCUGGUGCCAUCUGGGUCAAUCUCACCAGACGAGAGCGACUCUGAUCAGUCCAGACCCUUCAGAUCAAGAGAGCAGCUGAUGCUGAGGGCCAACAGCCUGAAGAAAGCACUCCGACAAAUCAUAGAUCAGGCAGAAAAAGUGGUGGAUGAGCAGAACAGACACACCCAGGUGCAGAGAAUGUCAUCCUCCUCAUCAAUCAAAAGAGGCAGCAGUGAGGACCUCAAGGAGGCGGAGCCACGUCAAAACACAUUGAGUCCAACUACUACAGCCCCUAUUUUGCUGGAGAAGUCAGAGAGCUUCAGCACUGUGCUUUUCUCUGAAGAGACUGUGCAGUGCACAGAAAAGUGUGUGAUGAAUAACUAUUUUGGCAUUGGGCUGGAUGCCAAAAUAUCUCUAGAGUUCAACAACAAGAGAGACGAGCACCCAAAAAAGUGCAGUAGUCGCACUAAAAACAUGAUGUGGUACGGAGUGUUAGGGACCAAAGAACUGGUGCAAAAAACCUACAAGAACCUGGAACAAAGAGUCCAACUGGAGUGUGAUGGAGUGCCCAUGUCCUUGCCGAGUCUUCAGGGUCUUGCUGUUUUGAACAUCCCCAGCUAUGCAGGAGGCAUUAAUUUCUGGGGUGGCACCAAAGAGGACAAUAAUUUUGGGGCUCCAUCUUUUGAUGAUAAGAAGUUGGAGGUGGUGGCUGUGUUCGGCAGCAUGCAGAUGGCCAUGUCUCGAGUCAUCAACCUACAGCAUCACCGCAUCGCACAGUGUCGGCAGGUGAAGAUCACUAUCCUGGGUGAUGAAGGUGUGCCAGUGCAGGUGGACGGUGAGGCCUGGAUUCAGCCUCCUGGCAUCGUCCAAAUUGUCCACAAGAACCGAGCACCGAUGCUCACCAGAGACCGGGCGUUCGAGAGCACGCUGAAAUCAUGGGAAGACAAGCGGAAAGGUGACAGCCGCCCAGCCCGGCCCCGACUGAAUUCCCAGCAGUCCAUGGAGUAUCUGAGUGAAGAGGAAUGUGCGCAGGUCCAGCAGCUUGGUUUAGUGGCCGACACACUCAUCAACAGGAUCCGGGAGGUGGCUAACACUCAUAAGGUGGUGGAGCAGGAAUUAGCUCAUUCUGUCAAUGCCAGUGCUGCGGUCCUGAGUGAAGCCUUCCCCUCCAAACCCUCCAGCCCUGAGAGUUUGAGUCGCAGUACAGCUGUAGACAUUGUCAACAGCAGUAAAGUCCUCCAGCAAGAGACCAAGAUGCUGCUCGAGGGAAAACUGCUGCAGUUGGAGCCUUCUCAAAAAGAGGAGCUUCUUUCCACAGUGGACAGUCUCAGCACUGAGUUACACAAGCUGGAGGACAUUCACUGGAUCUGUCCCAGCAUGCACUGCUCUGAGGAGGACCCGUCCCGUGUGCCUGGUAAAAGCAGUAUGAAGCUGAAAAUCAUGCCCAAGGGGAAGAAGGAGAGAGAGCGGUUACAUAAACAGCGGUCCAGUGGCUCUCUAUCAGGAUCUUGGGAUAUCAAAGGCGGGAUGAGUGAUGUUGAUUCCGCGGGCAACUGAAGAGCUGAAGUGGUUUGUUGCAGCUCUGUCACGAGGACACACUCUGCCACGGGACACUGUUUUACGGCCAGUGAGGGAGGACGUGAGACGCGCUGUGAGACACAUGCCCCACCCCAGUGUUUGUGAGCGGCCCGGCACUGCAUUACUGUGCUUCUGGUCCGUUUCUACUCUGCCUGCGGAUGGUGUCACAGGAAAUGCUCAUCAUCAGAGAGCAGGAAGUGGAUCAUCCAUCAUCUCUCUGUUUUUAGCAAGGCAACUCCUGUGCAUCACCUAAUCCGUUCUGUUUUUUAAUCUUAUUUUAUGAUCUUGCUACUUUUUUUCUCUUUAUAUUAAUAUUCAAGCCGUCAGACUCAAACUAUAAAACUUUAUUCGCUCACCAAAGAAAAAAACAAAACAUUUCUUUGGCCCCGUCCUGUCGCCGCCUGAACAACAAGAAAGGAACAAAUUAAAUCAAACAAAACAAUUGUAUUAAAAUGAAGACAAUUAAACAAGUGCAAAAAAAAGGAAUAUCCUGAUGAAUGAAUGUAUGGUGGUCCUGUAUUAUUCGUCAAACUGGCUGAAUAGUUAACCUGCAUCUAGUCUCUGUAUCUCUAUCAAAAGACCAUCUAGUUUCUGCAUGCCUUUCAUGCCCUUAUGCAGGAAAAAAGGUCUAUUUUUUCUUUUUACUCUCGGAUCGUCAGCCAAGUCGUGAUGGUGUAUCACUAGUGUGUCAAUUGAGCCGUCGUUCUAGAAGCUUCAGUGCCGUAACUCUUGUGCCAAGUGAGUAAAUGGAGCGCAGUGGUUUAAAGUGAGCUGUUUCUUUACUAUUUUCUGCAGGGAAAUGUCGUGAAAGAAAGUGAUGCUGUAUGUCGUACAUUUCAACGUAUUUUAUCUCGCCUUGCACUUUAAUAUAGAAAACAAAUGUUUAAAAAUGCAAACUUAAAAGGGUGUGUGUUUCUUGUCAUAGGAAUACUGGUAUCCAUUCGUGGAAAACCUAUGAUGAGAUAUGUUACAUAUAAGACAGUAUAUAAUCCAACUUAUGAAUGUUAUUAAACUUGCCCCUUUUCAGGGGUCAGUCUGGACAUGGGAACCCUGAGGGAAAGCAAAACUUGAACUUGCCUAAUGUGUGGAUCACAAACAGUAUUUAUCAACAGACUCCAAUGGUACAGUGUAACACGUUUCCAUUAAAAGAAAUAGUAUUCACAAUACUGGACAAUUUAAUUGUUUUCUUGAUAGUUGUGAGCCAAAGUCUAACAGUAUUGCUCUGUAAAAAGACAAAGACAUUACAAAUAUGGUCUUGAUAUGAAAGUUUGAUGGACAGUCUAGGUGCUGAUUGUGCCUCUAAAACUUGGACUGUAUUUUUUUAUUAUUUUGCAUGUCUUUGUUUUAAACUUCCUCAUCUGUGAUGAAUUGUUGCUGUGUGCUGUUUAUUUUUGAGUGACAUAGCAAGCAUUACUUUGACCAUCUCCGCGUACCAGCACAUCGAUUAUGACUGUGGUAAUCAGGUACAAGCGGAAGGCAAUGAUUUUAUGAAUAGAACAUUUAUUUUUGAAUUUUUUCUUUGAACAGAGAAAAAGAACCAAAACAGAAGAGAUUGAAUUUUUAUUUGCUGGUACCAAUUCUCUUCAUUGUCAAGACUACUGUUUACUUUUAAGAUGUAUUAUUUAUCCUUUUUAUUUAAAACAUUUUUGCCAUAUGGGUUGCAGUCAAGCUUCCAUGGCCUUGGACUCUGACUGACUGCAAUCACCUACUUCAGGAUUGUUGCUGUUGACUUGACGCAAAAAUAAAGUGUGGCCAUUA